AUGGGGGCAAAUUUAUCAUUGAUUACACAGACCUCUCCGUCAAUUGCUUUAAGUUCUUAUAUUGAUAUAUUGGAUGAGGUUCAUUAUGUUACCCACUUAAAUUCAAGCAGAUUUCUAAAAACAUGCAAAGGAUUAGACCCAAAUGGAGAAAUAAUAGUCAAGGUUUUUAUUAAACCUACGGAUAAUUACUCUUUACAUGAUAUUUGUUCGAAGCUUAAUGCCGAGAGUUUAGAACUGGCACAGUUACCGAACGUGUUGAAUUAUAGCAAAAUUAUAGAAACUGAUAGGGCUGGAUACUUGAUAAGGCAGUAUUUGAAGACAAAUUUGUACGAUAGGCUUAGUUCGAGACCAUUUCUCCAGGAUAUUGAGCUGAAGUUUCUAGCUUUCCAGUUAUUGCAGGCAUUGGACGAUCUACAUUCGAAAGGGAUCAUACAUGGUGAUUUAAAAACGGAGAAUAUUCUUUUGACCAGCUGGAAUUGGCUGAUAUUAACCGAUUUUUCAUCAUAUGUUAAGCCUGUAUACCUUCCGGAGGACAACCCCGGUGAAUUUGCAUUCUUUUUUGAUACAUCUGGGAGAAGGAACUGUUACAUAGCGCCCGAACGCUUUGAUUCCGAAAUGUAUAAACAUGCAGCGAAUAAUAUGAAAGCGUCUAAGGGAAUGGAUAUCUUCAGUGCUGGUUGUUGUAUUGCAGAAAUGUUUUCUGAAGGUAAGCCGACCUUCAACCUUUCCGACUUGUUUAAAUAUAAAUCCGGGGAAUAUACAAUAGAUGAAAUUAUUAGCCAAGGAAUUAAAGACAAUCAUCUUCGAUCUCUAAUCUGUGAUAUGAUCCAAUUAGAUCCUAAUAAGAGGUUGUCUGCCCAGCAACUUCUAUCGAAAUAUAGAGGAAUUUUCUUCCCAGAUUACUUCUUCACUUUCACCUAUGAAUACUUAAAAAGCCUAGCAGUAUUAAAUGGACAUGGGUCUGCUAUUGGUAGUAUGUGUUCACACGCAACUUUAGCAGAUCGUAUAACGAACAUGGACGAUAUGGUUGCAAAGGUUUAUAAUGAUUAUUCCAAAAUUUGUACAGCUUUACAAUAUCCUGUGAAGAAACCGAAAACCGAUGAUAAUAAGGCCAGAAAGCUGACCUCUAAUCAAGUAAAAUUACCGAUUUUGGGGCCGAUAUUACUCCAGGAAUAUGAUCCAACCAUUGUACAGAUGCAAGAAGAAUCUGCUUUACUUUUUCUCACUUUUUUAUUACAUGCGGUAAGAAACCUAUAUUCUUCUACAAACCGAUUAAAAUGCCUUGAGCUUAUAACAGUGCUCUCGCAGUAUGUUUCUGAUGGAAAUAAGCUUGAUAGAGUUUUGCCUUUUGUAUCUUCGAUGCUUUUUGAUUCUGUACCCAUGGUUCAGGGGCUUGCAAUUCAAUGUUUGUCUCAAAUUCUAUCUAUGGUAUCCGAGUUAAACUCAAUAAAUGAGAACGUUUUCAUUGAUUAUAUAUUGCCUAGGUUGAAACAACUAUUGCAAAACUCUAGGAGCAAUCCUUAUGUCCGGAUGAUACUUGCAGACACCCUUGGAGAUUUUGCGAAAUCAGCGGUUAAAUUUCAAGAAAUUACGAUAAUCCUGCGCCUUUCUACGGAUACAGAUAGCAUUAAGAAAUCUAAGCGUCGUUUAGCAAGAAAUUUUGAGGACCUCACUGUCACAUUGUUGACGGAUAGCGAAAGUUCAACUAAGAUUGCACUUUUGGAAAACAUUUUACCGGUUUGCAAUUUGUUUGGACGUGAGAAAACGAACGAUAUAAUUCUAAGCCAUCUAAUUACUUACUUGAAUGACAAGAAUUCAAACGUUAGAAUCAAACUUGUUCAAGCUAUAACCGGAGUCGUUGUGUUGCUAGGACCUUUGACUUUGGAACAGUAUGUUUUGCCUUUGUUAAUACAAACUAUUACCGAUUCAGAAGAACUCGUCGUUGUUAAUAUUCUACAAAGUUUAAAAUCCUUGUGCCAUGUUGGAAUGAUAAGGCAUGGUCUGUUUUAUGAGAUUGCGGAAAUUGUGACGAUACUUUUACUACAUCCAAAUGCCUGGAUUCGCCAAGUAGCUUUGCUUUUAAUUUUGGAGAUGUCCAGCAAAUUGUCUACGGCAGAGGUCUAUUGCAUAAUGUAUCCUAUUAUUCGGCCAUUUUUUGAAUUUGACGUUAAUUUUUCAUGGGAAUCCAUGUUCACCAGUUGUAAGAAACCAGUUUCCAGAAAUGUCUACGACCUGCUUUGUACUUGGUCAUUGCGUGCGUCUAAAACGUUAUUUUGGAAACAGAUACCUAAUAAAACCGUUGAUUCUUUUGGCAAUAACAGCAUUGAGUUUAUCACUAAAGAUUAUACAGUGAAAAAUUAUGGGCUUAAUGGCAUGAAGAUAUCGAAUGCGUCCCUCCCGUUACAAAGUAAUCAGGAGGUCCUAUUAACUACUGAAGAUAAAAAUUGGAUUGAUAAAAUUCGUAACCUUGGUGUUCACGAGAAUGAAUUAUGGAAGCUCGGCGCUUUGCGUGCAUACGUUUUCCGUGUAUCAAAAAUGCUUACACGAAAACCAGAGCUUCAGGAGGAGCUUUUGGAAAACGGUAAAGCCGAAUCAAGCCCUGCAACUACCUUUGUAAUGCCAAGAACCGUUUUUUUUGAUAUAACUCAUGUUGAAGAAAACCGGAUAGAAACAACACCUGUAUUGAUGGAUUAUCGUACUAGCGCAGAUUCACAGUUGUCAACUUCCGAAGUUCUAAACCAGAGACAAUACCCAAUUCCAAUUGGAGUUAAUGGAUCGCUAUUUCUAAGCACUAAAGCAUCUCCAACUACAACAUCCAAUUUGGACAAUGUCUAUGUUCAGUUGGAACCAAGUUCUGAGCAUCCAUUUUCGUUCAUGCAUGGGGCUCGAAAGGCUGUCCAAGAGUCCAAGUUUCUCAUUAGCAACAGUUACGAUGGGGAAGUACCAACUAUAAAAGAAUUUUUGAUUAAUGUUAAGAUUAAACCGCACUUAAGAGAUUUCAAGGAAUUCGGACCCUAUUUCGUCCCUAACGGAACAGAGCUGAGAAAGCAGUCCACGCAGUCUGAAUACAAAGGUGAAUUGGUUUCCCAUCUUACCGAAAACGCUCCAGCUUCGAUAGUAAAAAUUAUAGCUAGCAAUAGUAAACCAUAUUGCAUAAGUGCUUCCGACCAAGGUGUAUUGAAGUUUUGGGACUUACAAGAAUUGAAAAGAGGGGAAACUUACGACUCUGCAAUGCAAUUUGAGCUAGGUUCGUCCAUUGUUGCUAUUAGGUUUCUUCCAAACUACGAUGUAUUUGCAGCAGCAACAAGAGAUGGGAUGGUUUCAAUCAUAAGAAUAUGUUUUAGAGAAAGAAGUGGAGUUGAACUGUACUCCCAUUUUGAAAUCAUACGAAAAUACAGUAUCACAAACGAAAACGAAUACGCUACUAACCUUGAACUGUUAUCCAAUGAUUCCAAACCAUAUAUGAUCCUCACAACAAAUUAUUCCAGGAUUAUCAUCUUAGACAUUACAACAAUGGAUACUUUAACAGUACUACAAAACAAUCCAAGGUAUGGCGCAAUAUUAUCGUUCACAACAGAUAGAGACGCUACCUGGAUGCUAGUUGGCACCUCAAAAGGGAUCCUUUGUCUAUGGGAUAUUAGAUUUAACAUCAUGGUCAAAAGCUGGACUUUUGCUGACCAUUUCCCAAUUACCCACAUUGAGCACUACCCUUCAUUAUCAAGAAAACAUGAAAAUAAUGUAGUUAUCGUGGGCGGUUCCAAGCACGCCCUCGCUUCUGUUUGGGACAUCUCAAAAUGCAUUUGUCGAGAACUCCUGCUUACAAGCGAUACUAAGCAAGAUUUAAGCGAGUUCCUUCCCAUUGAAAAAGGACUAGAUAAACUCGAGUUUCAAUCUAGUGCUUUCAUUACAUCAAUCAGUGACAUGCAUGUUGAUGGUCCUAGGAUUUUUCUAGUUGACAAAAACACUAAUAAUAUUUUGAUGGUUAACUUUAAAAAUAAAUCACAAAACACUGGAAUAGUGGGGCCUACAACAAACAUGACACACUUUUCCACUACACAAGCUACUACAAAUCUAUGCAUUACAGUUAGAAGUUUUACCGACUUUAUUCCCCUUCACAAUUUAGGUUACCAAUUUCACACUGAUAUUAUAAAUACAAUAACAGUCUCAAAAACACUAGAUGAACCCUUAAUAAUAUCUGGUGAUAAUUCUGGAAUCAUGAAUCUUUACAGAUAA